AUCAUUCCAUCGGGCUUGUUGGCGUGUGACGACAUAAUUCUGGGGCCGACUCUUCCGCCCGGCACCCUACUGGAAGUCCUGAAUACUUCCAUGGAUACAAACGGUUCCAGGCUCUUAGGCUUCCAGCAACAGCCGAAUUGACAGCAUUCGCCAUGGCCUCGGCACCACCAUCGUCCCGCACUGCUGGCGGCAUGCCUGCGAGCAAUGCAUCACGACCUUCUGCGCUGUACAAGCUUGUCAUGACACCCGUCAACUUCAUCACCUUUGUCUUGUCGCUCGUCAUCAUCGACAUCCAGUACUCGCUCAAGCGAUCACACAACCACGCCCAAGCUCACAGCCGACUACCAGCCUGGCUUCACGCCCUGCUGUACCGCCCGUACGAGGAUGGCACCUCACCCAAUGCCGGCACCGGUGUUCCAUGGUACUACCAUACCAAGCAGAAGAAGCUUCUGCGAAUGGAGACAGAGGAUGCGUUCAAGAUCCGCAGCACAAUGCUGGUUUUCUUGGCAGUGCUUGUGACUAGUGCGGUAGCGGGAUCGUGGUGGCUCAUUCGCAGCAUUGUCCAGCUAUGGCUUCCUGCGCUCAGCGUGUGAUGGCUUGCGGCUAUAGACACAGGUGUGGAAGAAGACCAGCCGGGUAUGGUCUUCGCAGGACGGGCGCCAUUGAUUUCGCGGGAGCUUGAUUACAUGUUCGCUGCUCACGAACUUGAUGAAUUUAUGAAAUUUGAGGGCUAGCAUGCGUGUUGUUGACCGAGCUGGGGUGCUUUGUCUUUGUAGAAAGAACGCAAUACUACGGGUGCAAUGAUGCACUCUAUUAUUGCCUUUGUACUUGUAACAU